AUGUUGUGGAUUUUAUUGUAUUCUAUCGCGGCGGUGAUAUUUGUUAUCGUUUUUAAAAAUAUAUUUAAAUCUAACGAAUUUGAUAACCUUCCAGGCCCACCGGGUCUAUUUCUAAUAAACAACUCUUUAGAUUUCUUAAGAGGACCUGUUAAGACAUUUUACUAUUUUCGAGAGCUGACCGAAAAAUAUAAAAGAUUAUUUAAACUUAAAAUUGGGCCAAAGAAAGUACUUGCUAUAUAUGAUCCGGAAGAUGUAGAGAUUAUUUUCAGUGAUCCUAAAUUUAUCACAAAAGGCUACCCUUACAAAUUUAUAAAACCAUGGCUGGCGGAAGGACUUGCUUUAAGUACAGGUUCUAAGUGGCAGUUCAGAAGAAAAUUGCUGGCACCUGCUUUUUACUUUAAUGUAUUAAGCAUUUACAAAUUAAUAUUAGAAGAAAACAGUAAAAAGUUAGUCGAAAAGUUGAAAUGUGAAGUGGGCAAACCAAAAACGAAUGUGGAGCCUUACUUACAAGAGUUUACUUUAAACUCAAUAUGUGAAACUGCAAUGGGUAUCAAAUUAGACGAGGAAACACAAGAGUUUGCAAAAGCGUACAAACAUGGUGUGCUUGAAAUAAUAAAAUGUGCAAUAUAUCGAUCGUUAAGACUCUGGAUGUUCCCAAAUAUUAUAUUCAACCUUUCCCAUAAAGGACGAAAACAAAAGGAAAUAUUGACUUUUAUGAAUAAAUUUCGAGAUCGAGUAAUUGAUUUAAGAAGAGAGGCAUUUAAAGAUAAUAAAUUAUUUUUAGACAUUGAAAAUACUUUCGAUGACAAAACUAUGAUAUCAGCAGGUAAGAAGCGCCUGGCAAUGUUGGAUUUAUUACUUCAAGCCGAAAAAGAAGGAGAUAUAGAUGCUGAUGGCAUUAAGGAAGAAGUAGAUACAUUUAUGUUUGGAGGACACGAUACAGUAGCUACAGCUCUACAGUACGCUUUGAUGGUGUUUGCAAAUUAUCCACAUGUACAGGAACGAGCGGUAAAAGAAUGUAAUGAAUUGUUAGAGUCAUUGAAUACAUCACCAUUUUUAAGCGACUUAUCAAAAUUAAAAUACCUCGAGUGUUGCAUCAAAGAAUGUUUGAGACUUUAUCCUUCAGUGCCCGUUAUAUUAAGAUCUAUUGAGCAUCGUGUCAAGUUGAGGGACUACGAGAUUCCUGCUGGAACUGAAUGUUGCAUUUUAAUCUAUGAUCUGCAUCGACGCGAGGAUCAAUUUCCAAACGCAAAAGAAUUUCAUCCGGAGAGAUUUAUGACCGAUAAGCCCACAUGGCAUCCAUAUGCUUAUAUACCAUUUAGCGCAGGCCCUCGGAAUUGUAUAGGCCAAAAAUUUGCUAUAAUCGAAAUGAAAUUGGCGCUUUCAACAAUUUUAAGAAGCUACAAACUGUUAGCAGUCACCAGACCACAGGAUGUGGUAUACACCUCGGACUUAAUGCUCCGCUCAACAGAACCUAUCUACGUAAAGUUUGAAGAGCGAAAAAAAUAA